AAGUCAUGUACCUCCCUUUUCCACUCCACCACCAAAGUUCUACCUUUAACGGUCACUCUCUCUCUCAACACGCACCCUCCAACUUCAACUGCAACUGCAAUGGCUGUGGCUUCCUUCUCCAACUUCUCCGGCGCGCGCUCAUUCUCUCUGCAAAACGGUUAUUCUCUGCCGCUACCUUCCUUCACUCUCUCAUUGCGUACCACAAACUCUUAUGCCUACGCUCCGCUAUUCACAUCGCUUCGUUCUCCGGCACUCUCCAUUAUUGCAUCGGCACACGGCGGAGGGACCGGAGGAGGGCAUGGAGGAGGUGGAGGUGGAGGUGGAGGAGGAGGAAGCGGAGGCGACGGGGAAUCGGAAGACAGGGAUCGUAACAGGGAGGAGGCGCUCCUGGUUCUCGCGGAGGCAGGGCGGCCGCUGGAGAAAUUGCCGGCGGAUUUAGCGGCGGCGGUUGAGGCGGGGCGAGUACCGGGGUCGAUUUUGAAGAGGUUCUUCGAGCUGGAGAAAUCGGCGGUGUUGCGGUGGCUGUUGAAUUUCGGAGGGUUCAAGGAGAGGUUGCUGGGGGAUGAUUUGUUCCUUGCCAAGGUUGCCAUGGAAUGCGGUGUUGGCAUCUUUACUAAGACUGCUGCGGAGUUGGAGAAGCGCAAAGAAAAUUUUAGUAAGGAGCUUGAUUUUGUUUGUGCCGAUGUGAUAAUGGCCAUUGUAGCGGAUUUUAUGCUUGUGUGGCUUCCUGCUCCCACAGUUUCUCUCCGACCACCACCUGCUGUUAGUGCUGGAACUGUUGCUAAAUUCUUCUAUGGCUGCCCUGAAAAUGCUUUUCAGGUGGCUUUGGCCGGAACCUCAUAUACACUCAUCCAGAGAAUAGGUGCUAUAGUGCGUAACGGUGCAAAGCUAUUUGCUGUUGGGACUAGUGCAUCACUGAUUGGUACAGGAAUAACAAAUGCACUGAUCAAUGCAAGAAAACUUGUUGACAAAUCUUUUGCCGCUGAGGCGGAGGAUUUACCGGUAUUAUCGACAAGUGUUACCUAUGGGGUUUACAUGUCAGUUUCUAGCAACUUAAGGUACCAAUUAAUAGCUGGAGUUAUUGAACAACGAAUUCUAGAACCUUUGCUGCACCAGCACAAGCUUGUGCUGAGCGCAAUUUGCUUUGCUGUUAGAACUGGAAACACUUUCUUGGGCUCAUUAUUGUGGGUGGAUUAUGCUCGCUGGGUUGGAGUCCAGAGGAGUCGGGAAUAGGCAUAACAGUUCUUCAGUCACAAGAUAUUGGCAUAAUGGUUCUUCAGUUACAAGAUUUUUGGGUAAAAUCUUCUCUGUUGAUUCAUUGUUGCAAGUAAAGUUGGUGUGUUGUAUUUUUUCUUAUUCUUCCUGAAAGCAAUAUUGUACAUUGAGCAAUAACGGAGGUCAGCAAGUACCACGAGUCUCCAAUUAUCAUCUUUUGCAGUGGCCAGUAAAGGUACAAGAUCCAUCUCUCGUAGCUAGCAGAAAGCUGCAUCAUGAGAUGAAAUUGAGUCAAAUCUUUAGUAGACAUUUGUGGAGGCAAUUCCUCUAUUGUUCUUGUGUGUUUUGCAUCUAAAGUUGAAUUGAAAGGAAUCAAAUUCAAAUUGGUAGUUCUCUAA